AUCAUCAUGGGCUUCUCCGAGUUCACCUCCCCCGCCGGCCUCCAGGGCCUCGAGGCUCACCUCGUCCACGUCUCGUACAUCGAGGGCUUCACCCCGUCGCAGGCCGACGUCGCCGUCUUCAAGGCGCUCCCGUCCGCCCCGGACGCCGCCACCUACCCGCACACCGCGCGCUGGUACAAGCACAUCCAGUCGUUCGAGGCCGAGCACGAGACGCUCGCCGGCGACGCCACCAAGGCCUACACCGCCUACGGCCCGUCGACCUCGGCCGGCGCCACCGCCCCGGCUGCCGCCGCCGCCGACGAGGACGACGACCUCGACCUGUUCGGCUCGGACGACGAGGAGGUCGACCCCGAGGCCGAGGCCCUCAAGCAGAAGCGCCUCGCCGAGUACGCCGCCAAGAAGGCCAACAAGCCCAAGACGAUCGCCAAGUCGCUCGUCACGCUCGACGUCAAGCCGUGGGACGACGAGACCGACAUGAAGGAGCUCGAGGCGUUUGUGCGCUCGAUCGAGAAGCCGGGUCUCGUGUGGGGCCUGUCCAAGCUCGUGCCCAUCGGCUACGGCAUCAAGAAGCUCCAGAUGACGACCGUCAUCGAGGACGAGCUCGUCUCGCUCGACGAGCUCCAGGACCAGCUCGCCGAGGAGGGUGAGGAGUGGAUCCAGUCGUCGGACGUUGCCGCCAUGGCCAAGAUCUAAGGAUCUCGUCCUUCCUUCCUGCAGUACCACCUGUUGUCGCCAUCCACGGCGCCCGCCUCGUGAGCGUGCGCCCUCGUCAAGGUCCUCGCGAGGCUGUCCGGCUACACCGCUUCUGGUCUCUGCCUCGGCGUCGACGUCGUCUCGGGCCUUCUCGCUCGCGCCUUCCCGACGUGCGCCCUCCUCUCUCUCCAUCGUUCUGCGCGCUCACUCUCUUUCUGCCUCCCUCCUCCUUCCUCCCUCCCUCCUCCUUCCUCCCUCCCUCCUCCUUCCUCCCUCUCUCUCCUCCUCAUUCACCUCACCAGCGCAUGCCUGCCCUCUCCCUCUGUCCUCGGACAGACGCGCCCGUCAGUCGGCCUUGGUUGAUCGGCCCGGCCGUGAUCCAUGGGAGAGGCCAUUAACAAGCGUCUGGAAGAUCCACAAGGCCCCUCCACACUCGCGCGCCUUGCUCCCCACGGCGCGUGGGCACUUCAGUUUGGUACCUGACACCUUUUCGUAGAGCGAGGACUUUGUGCAACGCUGCCACGUCUCCCUC